GCCAGCCCAAAACAGGCCACGGCUAGGUGACAUUGCAACGUCAACCCAUCCGCCAGCGCUGUUGCUACGAGAUUUCCGCCGUCAAUAUCUUCUACCACCCAUCGCUGGCUAUCAAAAAAAUACUUCUACGCGAUCUUCCAUGAUCAGACCUUUCGACUGAUACCAAUUUCGGGACCCCUACCCAUGGUCGUUGCCCCUUCUACGCCCCAAACGUCCGCAUGACUCGAUACGGGGGAUUGGGGAGGACGCGCCCUAAAAAGCUCACCUCCAAGGCGUCUAUCCCCAUUGUCAGGGAGCAGGAGAUAGAUCUUAUUGAAGAUGAAAUCCAAAAUGCCCUACAGCAGAUCGAAACUGGUGUUGAGAAGGCUGAGGAGUCGGAAUUCCAUUUGCAAGUCGCAAUAAAUGCAACUGCUCAGGGAAAAGUAGCAAAUGAAGCCCACAUCCCGACACCGGAGACCGUCCUUAGUAACCUUCGGUAUGAUGAGCUCUAUCCCCCGGUGUUCUCGCAGCCAGCGACGUACAUUCGCUUUUCCUCCACCGUGGAGGAUUGCUGCGGGUGUCCGUACAACAUGACUGGAGAGGAUGAGGUAUUCCUGAAGAUCAUGAACCAAAAGCGGGAUGCUGCCAGUCGAUGCAACGAGGAUCAGUUCGAAGAAACAAUGAACUUCUUCGAGGAGACGGCGCAAUUGAAACAACCAUUUGCCGCGGUAGAUAACCCGCCUGUCUUGAGCUUCGCAGAAAUGCAGGAAGCGAUGGACGCCACCGUAGAGGACAGCGUAAAACGUUUUGCAAAGGACAUAUAUGAGCACUGGAAGGAGAAGAGGUCCAUCGAUGGAAACCAAUCACUCCUCGCUAGUCUCAAGUUUGAAACUGGCCAAGAUACCGAUGACUCAGACCCGUAUGUGUGUUUCCGUAGGCGUGAAGUCCGUCAGAUUCGCAAGACUCGUGGCAGAGAUGCUCAGAGUGCGGAUAAACUGAAGAGGCUCAGGAAGGAAUUGGAGGAUGCUCGACAACUGGUUGCAUUGGUCCGUCAACGAGAGUUAGCAAGGAAGGAGAUGCUCGCCACUGAGCGGCUCGUUUUCCUUCAGCGUUCUGAAGUCAAGGAGAUGAAGAGGAAACUCCACAUCAAGGAUGACGACGAGGACCUCAUCAAUCAGAAGCCCAAGAAAAAGCCAACAGAAGCACCGCCUAUGCAGCGCCCAGCUGCCCCCCAACUGCGCAUGCCUCCAAAACCUGGAACACAGUCUGCGGAAGAUUUGCAGUUGUUGGAAGAUGUCCAGGCCGAGAAGGAGAACGAUAUCGUUCGAGAUAUCAAGCAAAAUAUCGCGAAGCAUGUCAAAUGGAACGAGGGCUAUGUGGAUUUCACAAGAUCCCCCCUUUCACCAUCUCCUGAGAGGACAUUUGAUGGGAAUUUCCGUCCUGCUAUCACCACACAGCUGCCGACUCCUCCGUCUUCGGAAUCUUCUGACAAUAUGAUGGAUACGGCCCUAGAUACUGCAGGCCCCGUUUCUUUCCGUGAUAAACUCGCUGCCCAUGAUCUGGUGAUGAGUGAGGAUACCAGCAAGAUGCCUUCAUUUAGAAGGCGUAUCGGGCGUGGUGGUCGCCUGCUGAUCGACCGUCGUAAUCUUGCCGCACGUUGUAGAGUGGAAUUGGAUCCCUGGAAAGCAGACCGAUUCAAGUAUGACCAGGAAGAUUCAGAGGACGAUCUCGGCUAUGAGAUGGAUCAGUAUGAUAUUCAGAUCAUGCAAAACCGGGCGAUCAUGAUCGCGAAAGCCCGAGAUCAAGCACACGCGCAGGCGGCGCAAGUGCAAGCACAACGACGGUUGCAGGCCGAACAAGCUGCAGCCAGUAACCCAUCAAAUCCGGGGCAAACAACGGGAUCCAAUCUCGGGCCUGGCGCCGUUGCUCCCACAUCUGAAACAUGA